AUGACUUGGCGGCCAGACGAGUUUAUUCUGAGUCAGGACUACCAAACUUACAAAGAGGAGCUUCGGUCACUGAUUUUCAAUACCGCUCAAUCGGUAGCACCGACUCGUGAGGGUAGUCCAGUUGAUGAAUUCAACCUCACUGAUGAACGCCACCUUGGCAACCUGCAGAGUCGCAAGGAGACUGUCAAGAUCUUGGCUGUUGGGAAAAGGAUGGCAUAUUUGAAGAAUUAUGUUGAACAAGUCGCCCCAUGGCUUGACAUGUUUGACGGCGAUCGCGUCUUUGGAAUGCAGAUCUCCUCACUGGCCCAGACGUCUCCGCCACUCCUGUACGCGAUCCUAGCCCUAUCUGCGAGGCAGAUUGAGUGCAAAGAGAAACGGAAGAACUCCUUCGACAGUCUCGAACUGUAUCAGGAAGCCAUCAAGUCACUUGCUCCAUUGCUGACUGAUCGCGAUGUCAAGAUCAUUCCAAUAUGCGUCAUAUUAUGCUGUCUGGAGAUGAUGUCGGCUAGUGCUCAAGAUUGGCGGCGUCAUCUGGAGGGCUGUGCUGCGCUGUUCACUACGUUCGGUGUACACGGCUUUAGUGGUGGGAUGCUCCAAGCCGUCUUCUGGUGUUACACGAGAAUGGACGUUUGCGGCGCAUUGAUUUCAGACGGCACACAAAGUACGUUGCUCGAUCCUGCAAAAUGGCUUCCGGCUGGCACAGAAGCUUACGAGGCGCGUGCACAAUUCAGAGCAUCUCAAAGCCUCGAUAUGCACGCCAACUAUGCAGUCUGGCUCUGCGCUAAGACUUGCGAGCUGAUUGCAGAUCGGACUCGGUACGUUGAGCUAGGCGAACCAAACGGUUGCGACGGAGAGAAAUACUCAAACAGGUGGGCCGCUCUUUGGGAUGAGCUCCAGAGCUGGCUUAGCAGCAGUCCGAGAGAGUUCAAUCCUGUCAAGACGGUAGACACGAAACCUUUCCCCCAUAUCCUCUUCGUCCACUGGGCUGCUAUAUCAUCUACUCAGUUGCACCAUACUGCUUGCAUUUUGAUGCUGAGCUCAAUGCCGAAACCGCUGAAGCUUAGUAUGAACCUGGGCACAACUGGUUCCACACUGUGGCACGCUAAGCGUAUAUGCGGUAUCACACUUGCAAACCCUCAUCAAGGUUGCAUCAAUAACGCGAUACAGCCGCUUUGGCUUGCUGGCAGACUGCUAAGCCACAGAUCAGAGCACGAGAUUGUCGUCAAGCUUAUAUGGAAUAUCGAGGCGACGACCGGUUGGGCUUCGUGCUGGCGAAUUCCAGAUCUAGAGUCAGCUUGGGGAUAUAAGGUCAAGAGAAACGGCGUGGCAAGAGUACCAGGUUGA